AACAUAUAUAUGUAAAAGGAAGAAGAGAAAUUGGUCGAAUAUUGCAUAACCUUCAUUUUAUCUUUGUCAUUUCGUGUCUUGCAAAAGCAGUUUUCGCGAAGGCUCCUCUCAUUCCAUGAAAUAUUCUAUGGUGAUCUCAGGUUAUCUGGACCCAAAUACAACGACAGCCUUUUUCAGUUUGGUCGCCUAAAAGUUUUUUUUUUUUUUUUAACAAGUAGACAAUCCUCGAAUCCUAUCGUCAACAAAUAAAUUUACAAUAUGUCUGUUGCUGAGUUCCUGAAGGGUCUCCCAUCGCAUGACGAAAAUAACUUUGCCAAUUUUCACACCGAUAAUGGAAAUAGGACCUGUGUCAAGAGACCAUCAGUUUAUCUUCCGACUAAGGAUUAUCCUUCAGAACAAAUCAUAGUUACUGAGAAAACCACCAUUUUAUUGAGGUACCUCCAUCAACAAUGGGAUAAGAAGAGCAUAGACAGAAAAAGAGAAUUCUUGUCCACCAAUGGUGAUUCCCAGGAUGAUGCAUCAACAGUGCGCAGUAAAAGGCCACGUCUUGAUCUGAAUAACAGUCUCUAAGAUAUGUUGCACAUUUUUCAUAUAUAUAUAUAUAUAUAUAUUCUUAAAUAAUCAACAUUUAUAUAUGGUCUACAUCAAUUAUUCGCAGACAGAUAUGUUUCUCGUUCGAAACUAUUACAUUUAUUAAAUUUACGAAAUGGAAAGUAAAGAAUAUACCAUUUUCGAUAAUA